CUCGCUGCAUUAAUUUCUCGCCCCCCUCUCCUCCAUUGACAAACCUUCCCCACUAAACACUUCAUCUCCACAUCUCUCCCCCUCUCUCUCCACAUUGCCCUCAAGGUUGCAGAGAGAUAAAAAAAGGGGGAAAGCUUCAAUCAAUCAUUGUACUUGGACAUCCAUAACGGAGAGAGAAAGCAAGGAAGGAAAAAAGGACCAUCUUUCACUUUCCGUGGUUAGUUCUCAACUUUGUAAAAUCUCCCAAAAAUGGGGUGCACUGCUUCACGCCCAGCUAAUUUCAUCGCUCAACAGGAAGAUCCCAACUCCAUUUCCUCCUCCGCGCAUUCCAAUUCGCAGCUGCAGUCUCCUUACAACUCCUUCUCCGACGCUUCUUCCACGCCGGUGUCGAGGACUCUCUCUCUACCGACCCCUUUGAUCCACCACCCUCCCCUACGAAAAGGGGACUCCAAUCACUUCGUUUCUCUCACAUCCACCACCUACGGUUCGCUCGCGCUGGUCUCGCCCCAAUUCCAAAACCUCAGCUUCAGCAGCACCCGCGAUUUCGCGAUUCCGCCUCCGCAGAUGAGAAAGCCUCGGGAUUUGGGGGUUUCCGAGGAUCCUCUGUCGCCGGACUCGGUUAUCAACACGUGGGAGCUCAUGGAGGGCCUCGACGAAGAAGAAUUUCAUUACCACAUGGUGGAGCGGCCCAAGAAAUUGGGGGAAAUUGAGAUUGAGAUGGAUGGUGAUGAAUUGGAGAAAUCCUACGAGUUUGUGGAGCAUCCGGUGUCGAAGCCGCUGUGGAAACACUUGUCUGAGGAGUCUCUGCUGGCGAAAAUGGACAUAAAUGUGGCGUCUAGCUACCGCAGGGCGCUGUUGGGGAAGAAGAGUGUGUGUGAGGAGGAGAGGGAACUUGUGAAACCUAGAAAAACUGAGUCUUUGGGGUCGGGUAGUGUGAGUUCUGUGGUGGCUGAUGCAGAUACUGAAGAAUCUUGCUGUCUGCCUUGUGGUGAUGAUAGGAUUGUGUUGUACUACACUAGUUUGAGGGGGAUAAGGAAGACAUACGAGGAUUGCUGUGCGGUUCGGGCGAUUUUGAGGUGUUUUAGAGUGUGUGUUGAUGAGAGGGAUAUAUCGAUGGAUAGGUCGUAUAGGACUGAGCUGCAGGAGGCUUUGAAGGGGAAAGCAGUGAGCUUGCCUCACGUGUUUAUCAAGGGGAAGUACAUUGGUGGAGCGGAGGAGAUUAAGCAGCUCCACGAGGCGGGGGAGUUGGUGAAGCUGUUGCAGGAUUUCCCAAUCACAGAUAGAGGGAUUGUGUGUGAGGCUUGUGGGGAUGCGAGGUUUGUGCCAUGCCCAAAUUGCAGUGGGAGUCGGAAGGUUUAUGAGGGGGAGGAUGGGGAGUUGAGGAGGUGCCCGGGUUGCAACGAGAAUGGAUUGGUUCGGUGCUCUGGUUGCUGCCCUUGAGCUCAACUGCUUGUUGAACGUUGGUGUUGUUGUUAGGUGUUUAUUUGUGAGGGUAUUUGACAGAGUGAUGAAAACUGAUCCAUCUUUCUUUCUGUGUGCGUCUUAAUUGAAACACAGAAGCUGAGUGUGUUGUGUGUGAUUUUGCUGAUUGAGUUUCUAUAACCCCUGCGCUCCUGUUUUAUCUCGACAAUUAACAUCGUUUUAUUUCAAUUUCUUGGCCAUAAUCGCGUUUUGGAUCCAUUUUUAUCAAUGUUGAAAAACAAACAUCUCUGUCUAAAUGGUGGAAUGGAAUGAGUAUUCAUUCGUGAGGACUUCUUGGUUAUGCCACUCACCAACUUCAAAUAGCUCCUACAAAUUCCUCACAUCCUUAGAGAAUAUCUAUUAAACCUAAAGCAAGUAUACAAAUGGUUGAGAGUAGUAUAGAAGAGGAGCCAAAUUAAGGUGGUGCAACAAGCAAUGAGGAUCGAUUCGAUACUUCAUGCCUAGGAAAUACAGUACAUGAUGCUGCACAACAUCAAGAUUACAAGUAACACUUUCAAAUUUUGUAUCCACUAGUUUAGGUCCUUUGCAAUUUGCUUCUUGUAAUUGUCAUUAUUUGGAUUACGGUUUUCUUAUCUUAGGAUUAUUAUGGAUUCAACUAUGAUAAUUUUUUUUC